CAACUUUGUGCCUAACGGAUUUAGCUACAAGUUAAAAUGGCAAGUCAGUGGAGUAAGGAAGAGUGGCGUGCUAAAUUCAGUAACUACGACAGUGACCAGAGCGGCGGUAUCAGUAUGCAGGAGUGCAAACGUCUGCUCCAGUAUGUCGGCCUGAACCCCACAGAAGACGAAGUCCAACAAUUCAUGAAAAAGGCAGACACAAACGAGAAUGACGAAGUUGAUUUUGAGAAUUUCUACGAAUUUGUGACGACGCUGCCAGACCCAACAGGGGAACUACGUGCCGCCUUUGACAAGUACGACCGUAACGGGGAUGGCUACAUAGACAAGCAGGAACUAAGAGCCAUUUUGCAGAAUGGACAGAACUGUACGCAGGAAGAACUAGAAAAUCUUUUCAAGCUCGUCGACGAAAAUGGCGAUGGCAAGAUCGAAUAUGAAGAGUUCUUAAGGCUAUUUGCGCAGAACUAGGACGGAAGGAUAUAGUCCCGUCAUCACCGAACAUUACUACUUCAUGUAUGUCGUACGUUACAUACGGAUUUGCCAUUAUUAACAUAUAACAAGAACUGCUUGAGUUUGAUCGCAAAAUGUUUGAAAUUAUUCCGCUUUUCAACUUAAAUUUUUGCAUGGCCUGACCGCUCUUUUUUACAGUUAGAGUACAAUUUAUAUAAUAAUACUAUAUUUAGGUAUACUAUAAUAUAUUUUUGCAUUAAGUAAAUUGUUACAACAAUCUUAAUCACGAAACUGUUAAAUUCAGUAGCAUAAUUUGACUGAAUGUUUAUCUGCUUCAGGACUUCCCACAUAACUGUAAAUAUAGAUGAAACUCGGCGUAAAGGAGUCUUGAACGAUUCACAUUAGGUGUGUCAGCGACUUAGUGCUCAUAAUUAUGGUGUUAAAUGAAUCGAUAUUCGUUUUAUGUUCAUGUUGUUUUAUAUUAUCAUUGUAUUUUGCCAUUAUAUAAUAUGCCCUGAAGUAAUGUACAUAUACGGAAUAAACAUGUGCGUUUCAUUGCUUUAUAUCGUAUGCAUUUAGCAAUUUCAAUUGACCUCGAAACAUAUUUACUCCUA